UGCCCACAGAUGCAAGCGUAUCGCGAUAACUUCAAGCAAACGCCUUGCCCAACGGCCGUCGACCUGCCAGCGGCGCCAGCGUCAACAUCCUCCACACGUCUGCCCUUCUCACGCAAUCGUGGGCGUGGCGAACCGACAAGCAACACCAACACCAACAUUAACAAUAGCAAUAUUAGCCACGGCUCCGGUGCCAUCACGCCCAGAAUGAUGAGCCCCGCACCAGCACCGCCAACUGGGCCAGCGGAUUGCUCGGCCAAUGCGCUGCUGCGCCAGAAUCAGGAGUUGCGCCAACGUUUGGCGGAUGAGUCGCACAGCUAUCGUCGUCGACUGGACACGUACAAGCAGGCGCAGCACAACCAGGCCAAUCUCGUCAGUCGUCUGCAGUCCAAGAUACAGCAGUACAGGCAGCGCUGCAGCGAUCUCGAGGAUCGCAUGCACGACACCAUCAAGCCGACGACGGCUCCAAAGCUAACGACGGGUCCAACUGCAAGCCAGGUGCUGUGCUCGACCUCGCUAACCUUGGGCCAGAGCAGUUUGCCAUGCAGCUCAUCUUUAGACUCGCCACCGCCAAGUUGUGGACGUGAUUACCUGCAUGAUGAUGGCAGCAGUGAGCUGUGCCGCAAGCUGGAGGAGGAGCACAAUCGCUGCGAGCAGAUUGUGGCACAGAACAAUGCACUGCGCCAGCAGCUGGAGGAAUCGAAUCGCACCAACGAGGCGCUGACCAAUGACUUGCAGAAGCUGACCAAUGAUUGGGCGAGCAUGCGCGAUGAGCUGCUCAUCAAGGAGGAUGAGUUCAAGGAGGAGGAGCAGGCCUUCAAGGACUACUACAACAGCGAGCACAAUCGCCUGCUGAAGAUGUGGCGCGAGGUUGUUGCCGUUAAGCGUGCAUUCAAGGACAUGCAGAGUGUGAUGAAAGCAGAGGUGGCCAAGAUGGGCCAGGAAAUCAAUGGCGUCAACAAGGACAUCAAUGGCUCCAACUCCACAGUGGCGUUCGCCCUGCAACAGGCCAAACGGGCCGCCGACGAGGAACUGAAGCAAUCGCGUCGCACCAACGAUGAGCUGCAAUCGCAGCUGGCCACGCUUAAGGUGCAGUACGAGAGUGCACGCCACGAGAUCAUGGAGCGAGAUCAGCGACUCCUCGAACUGAUGAAUCAGCUGAAAAAGCUGGAAGAUCGCUGCGCUCAAGCCGAAUCGCAGGCUGCCUUGGCUAAUCGCUACAAUGACGAAAUCGAACGUCUGAACAACUCAAUGCGCGAGAUUGCUCAAGCGGUGGUUCAAGAUGCCGAGAUCGCCGAUCGCGAAGCAGACGCCGAGGUCAACCCGGCCAUGCAACACAUGCAUCUAUCACGUGAUUCAGCCUCUGUUGCGGGUGGUGGUGGUGGUGGUGCUAGCGGCGGCGGCGGCGGCGGCGGCGGUAAAUCACCGCGUCGCAAUUCGACACGCGCCUCACAGGCGUUCGCCGAGGGUACCAUUUCGGCGGUGCAGGCAGCGCUCCACAAGUAUCAACUGGCGCUACACGAUAUGCAGGUGAAGUUCCAGCAUAGUAGCGAAACGUUGCGCAGCACCAGAACCCAACUGGAUACCAGCGAGGGCACCAAACAGCUGCUGACCAGUAAAAUGCAACAGCUAACCGAGAAACUGGAUGCCAGCAACUCAAAGCUAUCCGAGCUGCUGCAGGAGCGCGAGAGUCUGCAGAAAACUCUGGAUGAUGUAAGGACCCAGAAACAGCAAUCGGAAAUGGGUCGCGCCGAUCUGAACAAUGCGUUCGAGGGUUUGAGCGGUGAGUUUGAAAAGCUGCAGCUGAAUUGUGGCAAACUGCAGAAGCGCAUCGAUUCCAUGGAGGAGGACAAGAAGGCUGUGGAGCUGGAGAUACAGCGCAUACUCAAGGAUAAGAACAUAACCGAAUUGAAUUUAAGAUCCGAGGAAGAUCGCAGCAGCCGGCUGCGCGAGGAAACAAUAUCGUUGCGUGAGGAGCUGAAUCGAGUCAGUUUGAAUCGGGAUCUUUUGGAACAGCAGCGCAUUGAGUCGGACAAUUUGAUAUGCCUGCUGGAGAAGCAAAAAUGCGAUCUGGAGUACGACUUGGACAAGCUGUUGUUGGAGAAAUGUGAUCUGCAGGAGAAACACGAGAAAUUGUCAAACAACAAUUGCUCCACCGGCGAUGAGCUAAAAUCCGUGCAGAACUGUCUGUUGGAGGCCCAGGAGGAGCGCAAGAAACUGCGUCUGCAGUCCGCGGAUCAGGUCAAUGAAAUUGGUGAACUCAAGAAGGAGCUGGCCGUGCUGGAUAAGGCACGGCUCGAGCUGGAAACCGAUAAUCUAUCCUACAGCGAGAAGGUCAAGUGCCUGCAGUUGGAGAAGGAAAAGAUACUGCAGGAUCUGGCGUGCAUGACACGCGAGAAGUGCGAUAUUCACAACCAGCUGACAGCCAUGUGCCGCAAAAAGGAGGCGCUCAACGAGGAGCUGAUGCGCACACGUCAGCGCCUGGAGCAGACGACGGAGACGAACAGUCGCCUCAAUCGCAACAUUGAGGAUAUGGUCAAGGAUGUGGAGGAGAAACAGGUGGUCAUUGAUCUGCACGAGAAGGAUACGCAUCGCCUGAAUGAACUACUUGCCGCAUUGCGCUCCGAAAAGGAAUCCCUGGAGACGGUGCUCUUCGAUACGAAUACAACUCUGGAGGCCGUCGAGGAGAAGCGCAGCCAGCUGGAACGGGAUCUGCAGGAGGCACUGGUGCGCGAGGAAUCCCUCAAGAAUCAUGUGGCCCGACUGCAAAAAGAUCUGGAGCUGUGCCAGCGCAAGUCGCAGGAGACGAAGACACAACUGCUGAACGCAGCCCGCGCUGCCGAAAGCGAUUUCAACCAGAAGAUCGCCAGCCUACAGGCGGCCGCCGAGGAUGCCUCCAAGCGGCAUGGUGACGAGGUAUUGCAGCUGCGCAACGCACUGGAAAAGCGCAUGCAACAGGCAUUGCAGGCACUCCAAACAGCCAAGGAUGAUGAAAUCGAGAAGCUGCAGGAGCGCCUAGCCGCCCUGCAGGCGCACAUCGAGAGCCUCGUGCAGCAGCACGAGGAGACACUGAUACGGGCGGAGAACGAGAAACAGCAGGCACUGCUGAUGGCCCAUCGUGAUAAGCAGGCCGUUGCCGAGCGACUCGAGGCUGUGUCCCGUGAUCUCAAGACCGAACAGGAGUCCCUCGAUCGGAGCAAGCGGGAGGCCAAUGCCCGUGAUGAGAAGCAACGGGGCGCCAUUGCUCAGCUCAAGGAUGAGAUUGUGCACAUGCGCACCAAAGAGGAGGAGCACAAAAUUAAACUUGAGGAGUGCAUACGCAAGCAGGAGCUGCAGUUGAACAGCAUGCGGGAGGAGCGCGACACUCUCUGCCGUCUGAGCGAGGAGUUCAAGAUGGAAAUACGCCUGAAGGAGGACAAAAUGGAGGCCACCAAUAAUGAGCUGCAGGAUGCGCUGCGCAAGUCCAAAGAAGGCGAGGGCUAUAUCGAUAGCCUGCGCAAGGAGCUGACCGACAGCCGGCGGCAGCUGGCGGAUAGCAAUAUUGAGCGCGACAAGUACUCCACCAGCAACAAGGAGCUGCGCGAUCAUGUGAAGCGCGUGGAGAGCGCCAAGCGGGAGCAGGCGCGAGCCAUCGAGGAGGCAUUGCAAAAGAUCAACAAUCUGGAGGAAACCAGGAACUCACUGGAAAAUGAUCGGACGCGUCUGAGCACCAUACUAAAGGAGACCGAGAAUAAUUUCACCAAAACCACGCAGGAGCUGAAUGCAACAAAGUCGACGCUGCACAAGACCCAAAUGGAGUUCGCCCAAAAGGAUGAGGGUGGCAAGGAGCUGCAGAACAAGCUGGCCGCUGAGACCGAGCUGAAGGAGCGUGCCCAGCAAGAGCUCUGCCAGAUCAAGAAGCAACUGUCCGAUCUGGAGGCGAAUCUAUGCGCCACACGCCAAGAAUUGGGACGUGCCCGUUGCCACAACAAUCAGGAGGAGCAUCGCUACCAUACCCGUGAACAGGAGCUGGCCACUCGGAUGGAGGAGGCGCGUGGUCGUGAGAAACGGCUCGAGGAUCAGAAGCAUAAUCUGGAGGUGUGUUUGGCGGAUGCCACACAGCAGAUCCAGGAGCUGAAGGCACGUCUGGGCGGCGCCGAGGGUCGCAUCAGGGCGUUGGAUGAGCAACUGGCCUGCGUGGAGCUGCACAAGCGUGACACGGAGCACAAGCUGAGCUCCGUGGUGCACACACUGCGUCGCAUCGCUGGCAUCCAAGUGGAUGGCAGUGUCAAUCUGUCGCAUCGCCUGCUCAGUCCAUCGCGACGCUUUAGUCCAUCGCGCAGCGUCGGAGACUACGAUACGCGAAGCACAUCGCAAUGUCCUGAUGCGCCAGUCGAUGUCGAUCCGGAUCUGGUGCGCAAGGGUGUCCGCAAUCUGAUGCAUCAGGUGGCCCAGCUGGAGCGUGAGAAGGAUGACUACAAAUCGCAGUUGGGUGCAGCAAAGAAACAACUGCAGGAUGCCGCCGAGCAGCAGUUGCGCUGUGACGCCAAGCUGGGCAAGUUGCAGGCGAUGCUGCGCAACCUGCAGGAGGAGAAGAGCAAUCUGGAGACGGAUCGCAAAAUGAAGAUCUCGGCACUGCAAGCGCUCGAGGAGAAGCUCAAGCAGCGCUCCGAUGAGGGUCAAAUGUUACGUGAGCGUUUGGCCCAAACCGAGAUGCAGCUGGCGGCCACAUCCGAGGAGAAUGGCCAGAAUGAGGAACGUCUGGAGAAGUGUCGUCAAAUGUGUGGCAAGCUGGACAACGAGAAACGUGCGCUCCAGGAGGAGCUGGCCAAGGUCGAGGGACGCGCCAGUAAACUCGACUUGCAACGGGUCGCCAUGGAGGGAGAUCUGACGCGUCUGCAGAUGGCUCUGCAGGAGAAGGACUGCAACAUUAGGCAGGUGUCCGAGCGCUUGGAUAAUCAGAAUCGUGCCAUGACCCAACUGGAGGAUCGCUGCACCUCUCUCAAGUCGACGGUGGAUCAGCUCAAGGAGCGCCUGCAAAAGGGCGCCGUUAGUGAGACGCAGUUGCGCGGUGAGAUCAAGACGCUGCAGAAGGAGCUCUCCGAGCAGGGUCACUGUUCGCAGGCCAACGAGGACAAGCUGAAGCUGCUACAGAAGUCGCUGCAGACGUCGGAGAACGAGAAGCGUAUCGUGGCCGAACGCCUCGAGAGCGCCCAGACCAAUCUCAAUGAGCUGCGACGCAGCCAGCAGGCACAGCUCGAUGGCAAUCAGCGGCUGCAGGAGCAGGUCACCGAUCUGGAGGUGCAACGCUCGGCUCUGGAGUCGCAGCUGCGCAUUGCCAAGUGGAAUCAGGAGAAUGGUGACAAGGUCAACACGAAUGGCAAUGGUGGAGGCGGUGGCGGCGGAGGUAGUCGCGAGGAGGAGGAGCUCAGUCGCCAGCUGAAAUCGUCGCAGCGCGAGAAAUCCGAGCUGCGCAGCAAACUGCAAACGCUGCAGGAUAAGGUGAAGCAGCUGGAAUGCGAUCGCAAGAGUAAGUUUGCUGGUGGCAAUGCCUACGAUCGGGCCGAGAAGACCAGCUCCUAUUAUGGAGGCGAAAGAGAUGCGGGUGAAUAUGAUUCGAAUCGCUAUGAUGUCGGCAACGGUGGUUCCUACAGCUGCGGCCUGGAUCACAGCAUCAUCGAGCAGGAGACACGCGAUCUGCGCCUGAAAGUGCGUCGCCUGGAAACGCUGCUGGCGGAGAAGGAAUCGGAGCUGGCGCGUUGCAAGGCGCGCAUGCAUGACAGCACCAAGUGCACGGAUGGCAUGGACGCGGAUCGAUAUCGUAGCGCCCAAAUGCAUGCCGAGAAGCUGCUAGAUGCACGCGAGCAGUCCCACAAGCAGCAGGUGCUGCGCCUCGAGAAUCAGAUUUCCAUGCUCCGAGAGCAACUGGCUCAGGAGGCCAAGCGACGACAGCAAUAUGUCUUGCGCAGCUCCAAGGCCAAUCGGGAGAUGCAACAUCUGCGCAGCACUUUGGGUGAUUCCCUGCGAAACGUCUCCCAACAUCCGGUGGAUGCUCACUUGUUGGAAAGCGAAAGCAGACGCUUGGACUCUGCGGUCUCAAUGAGCCUGCCGCCGUCGACGUGCCGUGACUAUGAUCGUGAUUAGAGGAUUGUGCAAUCGCGUUGUCAUCUGGUAACUUGAUCCCGCCAAGACGUAACGUUAACUGCCAGCGUAAGGCAAACCACAUGCAUUUAUUUUGAGGCUAAACGCUUUAGACUACAAAAUACGAUAUAUAUA